AUGGCAACAGCGACGGAGAGACAAACUCAGCAAAGCUACUCAGCCGGUGCCGAAGUAGACACUGCCAAGAACCCAACAGCCCAAAAGCUACUACAGCGCUGUCAGGAUUUUUUGGCCGAGGUCGAGAACCUAACCCCGGGCAAAGACCUCGAAGCCUACCUGAACACCCACUACGGUUCCGGGAACGCCAUCUACGAGGACCUGUGCACUUUGACAUGCCAGGGCCUGCAAGAAGGCUGGGUAGCCAACAUCGACAUCCAGGGUCGAGACUACCGACGUUCCAAGAUAGCCCUGCCCAAGGAGGAGACACGCUUCUUUUCGAUAACGACAGUGUAUAUGAACUCGCAGGAUGUCUUCUCAGGGCAGUACCACAGCCAUCCGUACGGCGAGAUCAACUGCGUGGUACAGAUUGAUAAGAGUGCAGAGCUGAAGGGUAUGCAGGGUUGGCAGGGUGCUGGCUGGACGAGUCCAGGAGCGGGUACGCAUCACUAUCCACAAGUUCGUGGCGGCGCGUUGAUCGCGCUGUUUUUUUUGCCGGCUGGAAGAAUUAGCUAUACAGCAAAGCCAGAGGAUGCUCAGCCAUUGAGCUUGUAG